GAAAAAUGAGGCAAAGAACACCACAAAAAGCUGAAAUGAGGGGAUAUUCAGCGCCACCCCGAAGGAGACUGUGCUGGAAGAAAGUCAACUCACACUCAUAGUACAAGAUACAAAGCCAGUCUGUGCAGUAGCUAGAAUGAGAAAAUUAAGGCAUGUCUGCAAAAUACAAGUUGACUGCCUGCCGAGCCUCUGUGGUCCGUAAGCAGUAUUAGAAAACACACUCAACUGUUGAAUCAGAGUUUGGUCCUAGAUUAGAUAUGGCCAGCAAUUCCACUAACAAAACAUUGACAGCUGCCGCACGAUGAGCUGCACAGCACAACAGCAUCGUUAAGGAGAAUGUACUUUAGGGAAAACACUAGAAGGCCUCUCACCCGACAUUCCUUGCUUCUCAUGUGGGGAGAGGAAAGAACUGGGGCAUAGUGAUACCCCUCACCCCACGCAAACCAUCUGGGGAGGAGGCUGGCUGCUGUCGACGCAGCCUCAGUGUUCAUCAAUUGCUUGAUGAUUAUUUGAUGAUUUCUGUGGCUGAAUUUCAAGAAACGUUUGUAUUAUCUCUUGGGACUGUUUACACCCUGCCAGUGGACUCUAAAACAGAGGUUACCAAGAAAAGCCUUAGAUGUGUGUCCCUGAUUUUGGUGCUGGGGUUGCUGGUGGCCUGAACAUAACGGAGCCCCCUUUGAGCUACUGGCCAAGACCAAAUAAAACUUCGCGCUCCUCUGCUGCGGGGUGCCCUGGCCUCGAGACUCAGAGGCGCUCUGUCUACAGCCGGGAGUACUCGGAGGCCCCAAGCUCCUGGCCAGCGCGGCCCCGAGGUCGGCAGGCCCCUUCCUUGUCACCUCUUUGUCCCCUCACCCGCCUCCCGCAUUCGACCGCUUUCUGACUGGACUCCACAGAAAGGCCGACGGCUGAGGAGAAGUGUGAGCGCCUCCGCCUGUCCACUGCUCCCCAAAGCCCACUCAACCCCCGACGUCCUCCGCUAGGCUCCAAGCCACGGACCCAGGGAGGGCCUCCAAGGCACCGCCCACCUACGGGUCACCCAGUCAGGACACUUCUUUCUGGGACAAAGGCGUCACCCCCCUGGAGGCAGCAGGAAAAUGGUAUCUCCCAGAAGUGAUCUCACGUCCUCCAAGAGCCGCUUCCGAUCUUACCGGAAGUGACGAACGAGUCCACCGAAUCGGUGACUGCAGUCGGGUGGGUGACUCCAGUGCGGCCGCCGCCACCAUGGGCCGCGAGUUUGGGAAUCUGACGCGGAUGCGACAUGUGAUCUCCUACAGCUUGUCACCUUUCGAGCAGCGCGCCUUCCCGCACGUUUUCACUAAAGGAGUCCCCAACGUGGUGCGCCGCAUUCGGGAGUCUUUCCUUCGCGUGGUGCCGCCGUUUAUAGGGUUUUAUCUUCUCUACACAUGGGGGAAUGAAGAGUUUGAGAGAUCCAAGAGGAAGAAUCCGGCUGACUAUGAAAAUGACAAAUGAGCAACGCACCCGAAUGACAGUUCCUUGACUCUGAAAGACCUUUCUCUGGAAGAGGAGUCUGCAUUUGUAGUCUCUUAAAGACACAGUAAACUUCCUAUGGUCUGCA